AGGUCCCACUGAAACCCUCAAUACUGGACCUGCAGAAGACCACACUAUGGGCUGUGGGAAAUACCUCCACAUUGAAAGUUCUCCUCCAAGUGUGAAAGGGAAUGUGGCCCAGCUAAAAUCCUCCCUGCUGCCACCUGCUGGUGAAGUAGGAUACUGUUUUACAUUUUGGUACCACAUGUUUGGCUCUACAGUGGGCUCUUUGAGGGUGAUUCUACAAACAGCCGAUCUGGUGACUGAAACUGUGGUGUGGCAAAAAUCAGGAAACCAAGGCCAUGAGUGGCAGUUGGUGCAAAGCCACGUGACUGAACAGGAAGUCCACCAAGUGAUUCUAGAGGCUACGGUGGGUGGAGAGGCAGGGGACAUAGCCAUCGAUGAUGUCUCCUUCAUCAGUGGACCAUGUCCUGCCACUGAUUUAUGUGACUUUGAAGAGGGAAACUGUAAUUGGCAGCAGGACACCACUGAUGAUGCUGAAUGGGUUCGCCACUCAGGAUCCACCCUGAACCCCAAUACUGGGCCUGAUGGCGACCACACCACUAACACGUCCUAUGGACACUACUACUACCUGCUCUCCACUGCUGCUGACCUGCACGGACAGCGAGCCCAAAUGAUGUCACCAUUUUACAUAUCAGGAGUUUGUGUGCAGCUGUGGUACCACAUGUAUGGAGAAGGCACAGGAACCUUGAAUGUUUACCAGCAGGAUGAUCAAGGGAAGCAAUCGCUGCUCUUCUCCCAAGCUGGAGACCAGGGCCUCCUGUGGAGGUUUACCCAGGUUCCAGUGGUGCCCUGGGAUCCGGCUUACAGGAUUGUGGUGGAAGGCAUAAAGGCUGGUCCUUCCCAGGAGGGAGAUAUGGCUUUCAAUGAUGUACGGGUGAUCAAUACCCGCUGCUCUCCUCCUGGAUAUUGUGACUUUGAGAGCAGUAUGUGCAACUGGUGCAACGUGGGAGGAGGAGUUGAUCAUGGGGACUGGCUCCGAGGAAGAGGAGCCUCUUUAAAUCCCAACACUGGUUCCGAUGUCGAUCAUACCACCAACUCAACAAACGGUUUCUAUCUAUAUGUGGACAGCUCAGUGGGUCAGGUGGGAGACAUGACCUUCCUGAUCAGUGACGUACUUCAGCCCAUCUCAAGUGUGCACUGUCUUAAAUUCUGGUAUCGAAUGUAUGGCAGUCAACGUGCCAUUCUCAGAGUCUACAUAAAUAACAGAAGAAUGCAUGACGCUGGAAAUGACAAAGGAAUUCUACAUUGGAUUAAGGCGGGAAACAAUGACAUUGUAUGGCGUGAGGCCAGUGUGACAGUUCACCACGAAGAAGCCUUCUGGUUUGUGCUUGUGUAUCAGCGAGGGGAGAAUGCCGGUGGAGAUGUUGCUCUGGAUGACAUCAGCAUUGUCAUGGGUCCCUGCUACACAGAUCCUGUCAUUGAGCAUCAUUAUACAAGUUGUACAAAACUCUUCUUACAUUGUUUUAAUGAACAUCUAUCUACCUUUUAUACAGAUUUCUUGUUUUAUCAGCAAAGAGCUCAGUCUCUGUGA